AUGGCGACGUCAAGGGAGUACCCGCGACGCCACGGUGACGACUCUGUAAAUCCACGUUCUAUCAGUGAGUACAGCAUCUCACAAGAGCAGGUCACGAGUUUUGGCCAGGCUUCGAGCUUUUCCAUAGACCCGGCUGCGCUGCACGUUGAGCGUGCUGUCUUGGAACCGCAACCUCUUAUAUUCACAUGGAAGGGAAUUUCGUACUGGGUUCCGGUUCCUAAACUCAAAGAAAAACGUUCACUGCAGAAGUUGGUUCGUCGUAAAAAAGUUAAAGAAAGCAAAGCGGCCACAGUGAAGGAGGUUGAAGCAGAACGGGACCUUGAGUCGGGCUCAUCAACCGAAGCACCUCAACCGCCACCACAAACCGAACAAGUGGCUCAUGUAGACGCGCAUUCCGACGCAGAGGACGGCGAACUGCAACUACUGUACGAUGUUUUCGGGUUCGCGCAGCCGCGCCGUCUGCUUGCGCUCUGUGGUGCGUCGGGCGCAGGAAAGUCAACCUUGCUCGAUGUGCUCGCGAACCGCAAAACCAAAGGGCGUAUCGCAGGCGAGAUAUGUGUUAAUGGGGAACCUGUCGAUUACAGUUUUCUGACGCAUUUUAUGGGAUACGUCGAGCAGCGCGACCUGCAUAUAAGCAAACAAACGGUCCACGAGGCGGUGCUCUUCGCUGCACGUACUCGUUUACCUCCAGGCACUCCAGAUAGUGUUGCCAAACAGUUUACGGAGUAUAUUCUUGAAAUAAUGAACUUGAGUGUUGAUCGAAAUCGACUAGUCGGGAGCGAGGCCGAUUCGGAAGCAUCUGGCGUGAUCAGUAGUGAUGCGAGGAAGCGCCUCUCCAUUGCCGUGGAGUAUGCGGCAAACGCAUCGUUGUACUUCCUCGACGAGCCGACUUCUGGACUUGACGCCCGAUCGGCACUGCGAGUGAUGAGAGCCAUCCGAGCACUCGCGGACAACGACUGCGCCGUUGUUUCGGUUAUCCAUCAACCAUCUUUUGAAGUGUUUGGUGCAUUCGACGACCUGCUCCUGAUGAGGUCCGGUGGCCGAACUGUCUACUUUGGAGAACUCGGUGAUGCGUGUACUUCCAUGACUUCCUACUUUGCACGCAAUGGUGCAGAGCCAAUCGACGACAUGACCAACCCCGCGGACUAUAUGCUGCGCGUUAUUGGUGGUGGAAUUGAUUCGAAACGCAAAGCGCAAAUGCGAGACUGGGCGGACAUCUGGCAAGACUCGCAGGAGUGCAAAGCUGCUCUUGAAAAGCUUGAAGAGCUGAAAAAGACAUCUCGAGGAAGGUACACGUUAACAUACAAGCCGCCGACUCGACGACAGCAGUGGCGACGUGCGUACUACGUGACCAUUCGACAGCUCAUCUCCUACUGGCGCACCCCAACGUACAACUUCUCGCGCAUGGUGCUCGCAGUCGCUCUGGGUCUCAUGAUCGGACUCUUCUUCCUCAAGUUGCCACGAAAUAAUACCGCGCUGGACUCUUACGUCUCUGUAGUCUAUUUAUCUCUACUGUAUGGCGUAUUUCUAAUCCAGAACGUGCUGGGGCCGACUUUUCAGGAAAGAGCAGCUUUCUAUCGAGAGAUCGCUUCUGGCACCUACAAACCCAUCGCCUAUGCGUUUGCUAUUGGCAUUGCGGAAAUCCCCUACACGAUUGUAGGUUCCGUCAUUUUCACGCUUUUAGUUUUCUUCAUGGUAGGCUACCCUGCUGCGCAGUAUGGCUACUUUUUGCUGAUGAAUAUCCUGUUUAGUUUGUUCACGACGAGUCUCGGUCAACUCUUGGCCGCGUUGUUGAGCUCUCAGGUCGUUGGUGUCAUGAUCGUGGGUAUGUUGAUCCCGCUAAUGAACGUGUUCUCUGGCUUCUUGCAGCCGUAUCCGGAUAUUCCUCAUUGGCUCUGGUGGGCCUACUACGCUGACCCCUACCGAUGGGCGCUCGAAGGAGUCGUCGUCGCCUGUGUGGAUAACGUGGCCUUUCACUGCGACCCUGGUGAGUUUCGGUUCUUCCCGUUACCACCGAGUUUCAACGGCGACUGCAGCGACGGUGGCACGCUGAACUAUUACAACGAAACCAGUGCUUCGGUAUGUGCGGCUGCGGGCGUUACAGUAGCAAACGGCUCGGUGGCGUGUUGCCGCUAUUGCCCCGUGACCAAUGGGCGCCAGAUUAUUGAAGAAUUUGGACUCCAUGCGAACUGGAAAUGGAUCGAUAUCGGAGCGGUGGCUGGAUUCUAUGCGCUUUUCCGUAUCGCGAACACGCUGGCGCUACUCUAUAUUCGACAUCUGAAUCGAUAA